CGAUACUUUGGGUACACAUUUUUCAUUUUCUGCGGCAAUACAAAAAUGAUUUCAUUUGUGUUACCUAUGGCCUCUUUUGUAACUUAUUCCCUAAUAACACUGCUGUGCACUAUCUGUUUACCGGCAUCAUCUAACUGUAAAACGGAAGUAUUGAAUGUUCACAUUAUGAGUUGGGGCACCACGAAUGCGGUGUCACAACUGGGCUCAUUACCCUACACCGCACCGCCGCUGCUGACUGCGAUUAACGAAAUGCAAGCGAAAUAUCCAUAUCUGAAUAUUUCUGUGAAAUUUAUCUACGAUGAAGUUUAUUCGAGUUGUUACGAUUUUGCGGAUAACAUCGAUGACAUGGUAUCUAGAUAUUACUAUACGCAUACACAAAACUCGAUUUCAAAUGUUGCCUACGCUUUCGUUGGAGCAGGUUGUGCGGAUAUGAUCAAUAUGGGAAGAAUGGCGGCUAACUGGAAUAUACCACUGAUCACGAGCGUUGCUUCAUCCCUAAUUAUAUCCGAUAAAGCGAUUAGCCCGACUUGGAUUACAACAAGUUAUUUUCCUCAGGGAGGCUUUGUUACCCUUUAUCUCAAUUUAAUUAAGAAAUUUCAAUGGGUUUCGCCGUACAUUGUUGUGGAUCAGUAUGCGAAUGUUAUGUUCAAUUCAACAGCAAAAACAUUGCAUUCAACUAUGGCUCGUGCUCUGGGAAUUCAACCUUAUUCAAUUAUAUAUUUGGAUACACGAAGUUUCGACGAGAUAAACAAGACUCUCGACGAUUUCAGACGCAUUAGCAGAGUGAUGCUGUAUUUCGGAAAUGCCGCACCUUUGCGAAAUUUGAUGCUCACCGCUUAUAACAAAAACUUGACAAAUGGAGAAUUUAUUUAUAUCGCAAUGGCACCCUUUGAUCAUAUUAUGUUUGGCAAUUUUACCUGGAAGUAUGGCGACCGCAAUGACAAUAUUGCAUAUUUGGCUUUUCGUUCGUUGAUGCUGUGCCGUCCGGCUGACGUUGAAGAUGAUACUCGGACUGUUGAUCGAAAAGAAUCUUACUGGAAACUGUGGCGUCAAGAUGCAAAAUCUUACUAUGAUUUCGCGUAUUCGUCAGUCCAACAGCCGCGCGACUACCAGUUGGCAACUUUCGCAGCCAUUUCCAUGUUGGCAUCGGUGAUCCACGAAACUUACAACAGUAAUCCGAAGUUCAAUUUUCGGGAUGGACGCAGAUUCACUCAGCUGUUCUUGAACCGGACCUUCGAUACAGAAGUCGGCAGCAUUGCCAUAGAUAGCAAAGGAUUUCGGCAAAUUGAUUUAGUCGUCAGCAUGGUUAUCGACAAUAAUCCGGAAAAAUUUCGACCAUUUUUGCGCCAGUAUGCAUCCACCAUGAGACUGAUCGCGGUGAAAAAUUUUACUGCACUAAACAACAGAUACCCAUGGCCGCCACCAAACGAACCGGUGUGUGGAUAUUUGGGGGACAAGGGACCUUGUGCGACUGGUGCGGAAGAUAAAGGCUGGAUUUAUGGCUUUCCGAUCGGCUUGUCGGUUGCGUUGUUAAUCGUAGUCGGUGGAGUAAUAGUAAUACGAAUAAAAAGAGAACAAUCUCGAUCGUCGCAGUUCGAUGAUCCAUGGUGGAUUAUCCAUUGCAACGAACUCAGUGAUGCAAAAGGUCAUGGUAUAUCAUGUGUGAGAGACGAUGAUAAUUGCUCUGUUCCCCCACCUCCAGUGCAUAAAAAACGGGAUAUGACGUAUGGACAACGCAUCCGGUCCUGUUCCACAAAAGCCAUUUUUCGGGGAGGGAAUGUUUGGCUGAAAAUGUUGGGCAACCACAUCCGCUGUGAUUUGGCCAGUAUCGGUUUGACCAACCAUUCAAUACACAUACAACAUACAAAACACAGCCUGUUGGCUAUGUUCGAAAAGCUGCGAAAAAUUCGACACGACAACCUAAUCAAGUUUGUCGGAGUGACAGUAUUUUGCGAUCCUGCUAAUACAACAACUCUCUUUACUGUGUAUGAAUAUUCGGCGAAAGGAUCUGUGCAUGAUCUUUUCUUGAGCGAAGCACACCUGGACCAAGAAUUUUGGCAGUCUAUGACAAUCGACUUUGUAGAGGGUCUGCUUGCCAUCCAUUCCUCACCGCUCAGCUACCUUGGUCGGCUCAUGGAUACGAGUUGUCUUAUUGACCGAAACUUUACUUUGAAACUUGGGGGAUUGGGACAUUCAGUUUUGAGUAACUUAUUAGAAAAAAGUCCAACUGCUGGAGAUUUGGAUACGAGCAUACAAAAACGCUGCUGGAUGCCGCCAGAAACGGCGACAAAUUCGAAGAAAAACUGGAACAGAGCGACGGACGUUUUUGGUUCGGGCAUAAUUCUGUACGAAUUGAUUAAUCAAAAAUCUGUCUAUCUACAACUACUCAAGAAAACACCAGUGGAAGACUUGCGACGACGACUCCAGAACGAAAAUAAGAAUCCGUUAUCCGAUGAGAUUUUGACAUGUGAUACAUUCCAGUACUCAUAUCCUAGUCUGGACACACUCGUCAGAAAAAGUCUUUGUUCCGAUCCGAUCCAGCGGCCUUCCAUUGCUGUGAUAGCUAAUGCCGUCAAAAAAACAAUAUUCCCAAAAAAUAAGGGAUCAAAACUAAUUGAGCGUGUACUGCAAAGACUGGAGAAAUUAUCCACGGAUUUGGAGAUUGUCGUAGUACAGCGAACGAAGGAAUUAGCGGAAGAAAGACGGAAAACCGACGAUAUCCUGAAAGAGAUCUUUCCUGAGUUUGCCGUCCUUCGACUGCGAAACAACGAAGCUGUUGCACCGGAAAUGUUCGACAGCUGCUCCUUGAUGUUUAGCGGACUAUGUGGAUUUAGUGAGCGAAUUGUUAACGAAUCUCCCUUAUGGAUGACUAAAACACUCGACGAAAUAUAUUAUUAUUUCGAUCCUGUUAUAACCACAUCCGGUGCCUACAAAGUGGAAACAAUUGGGGAUUCUUGUGUGGUUGCAUCCGGUUUACCGAUCAGGAACGAUAACGACCAUGCAAAAAUUAUAUGCCACUUGGCUUCGGCACUCAUGACAACAAGUGCAAAAUUUUUUCAAAUACUGGAGCUCCAGCUGAAACUGGGAAUACAUACAGGACCAUGCGCUGCCGGGAUAAUAGGAAUUAGCAGGCCAAGAUAUUGCAUCUUUGGAGACACGAUUAACGUCGCUUCGCGGAUGGUCAAUAAGAGCGCACCAUCUAGAAUCCAUUUAACUGCCGCUACUGUGCAUUUGCUCCAUACAACAUCCACUUGUUUUGAGAUUAUCCCACGCGGCAUGAUUGACAUCAAAGGCAAAGGUCCCAUGGAGACGUUCUGGAUUACACCCACGACCGAUACCCACAACUGAUCGAAGGCUAUGCCAUAAAAAUUUCAAAUCCGAACAACACACCAAAAGGAAAAACAUAUUUUUACAUUGAUGUAUUCAGGAAGUGGAAAAAAACCCAAAAAAUUUAAGUAAUCUUCAGGUUGUCCAAGGAAAGACAGUAUUAAUCAACUUGUGAUUCCAAAUUCAGCAAGGUCUGCACAAGUUCAGGACAUUGUGGUAGUGGAAUCAGCCGGCAAAAUUCCACGAGGACUAGUAAACGGUCCCGAGUAUAAACUUGUAACUGCGAAGGAAUCGUAAUCUCCGAAAAUGUUGUGCUGUAUUUUCCAGUAAAACUACAGUAUAUGAGGAAAUUGUUAAGUCUUACCAUGGAAGCAUUCCUAUCAGGUGAACUGAAGUUCGUUCUGUUUCUUAUUUCCCGUGCAGAUCGUUUUUCCUGCUGGUACCAAUAUAGCAGAGCACGCGCAGCAUGCGAAAUGACUUCAGGGAUGCACUGCCUCACGUCAGGCGUUAGCACUAUCUGAUAGAUCUCCAACUAAAAAUGAAAAAAAGUUUGCUUUAACGGCCAGGCCAGAUUUUGGCUUCAGGAAAAGUUAAUUCAGGUGAAUUAGUAAACCAGCUCUAGCUUCUUACGGAUUCACGAAGAGUCUCCACAUUCAAAGGUACAAAACGCGACCGUUCAAGGAUUUGUAUGGCAGAAUCCAAAUCUUUUCUAUCUAGUAAUUCGUAGAAGGAGAGAACAUCCAGCAGCAACGAAACGUUAGACAUCACGAGAUCAUUCUCGCUGUUAUCCUGC